AGAAUAAGGAAAAACACUUCUGUCUUGAUGCAGAUAAAUGAAAGUGAGAGGCAAGGGCUGUCACUGUGUAGAGGAGUAGAUAAGGUGUUAUCAAGCCACAAGGAGAGACAACCCUCAGGGACACGGGCGGCAUUUCCUAAGGGCUCUGUGGCACUGAGAGGAAGGAUGGAGAAGCUGCUGAGAGUGGUAACCAGAGGGGGCUUACUGGUGGUGUUGCUGCUACUGGUUACUGUCCCGGGGAGUGUCCUGGCUGACCUAGAAGUCUCCCCACACUCACAGUACUGCAUGCAACACCCAUCCUUCCUCUCCUGUGACUUCAAGGGAACACAAGAGGUGGUGACGCUUGACUCCCUUCACACACGAGUGGGCAAGACAGUGAACACAAUCUACAUCCACAACGCUGGGCAGGUGGUGGUGGGGGAGAUCUGCGUCAGCCUCGUGGCGUUCAGCGUGGCCAACAUCACCUACACCGCUGUUCCUCAAGCCUGUAAUCCUGAACAGUCAUUCAUCUUCAAGCUGGCAGACUCCUCAACCAAUCUUGUGCCGCCCUAUAUCACUCAGCUGGACUUGCAGCGAUCAGAGGCAAAAGAUGUUAUUCUUAAGAGGGACCUCAAGGCAUUCUCAGUGGUCCACUCAGAUAUUGAUCAUUUAGAAGUUUACCAGCCUACGCAACGGCUCGCCAUGAAGGUAGAACACUCAGUUGUAGACAAUUUGGAGAAGCUACAUCUGGAAGGCAAAUCUUCCUUGGUGCUUUACAAUGUGACAAUCAAUGAGAUGAAACAGAAAAGCCUGCACCUUAAGGACUCCAUGCUUAGUAUAUGGGCGAGUAACAUCAAAACAUCCCUGGGACAUGCCAUUGUCUUAGGCCACAAAUCCAGUGUGAAUCUGAAGGACAUGGACGGCAGAGUGUCUUUAGUCGGCCCCGAGGAGUUGCCUGCCAUGCCUGUUCAAGCAACACCACAGACACAAGAGGAACGCAGGGCUCCUGGAGUGCCCCCAAAGACCCCGAAGGUGGUAAAAGCUCCUCCUUGCAACAGACCUUCCAUCAUGCUGUGGGUGCUCCCUACGGCUCUAGCAGCUGUAGAGGGGAUUGUAAUUAUCAUCAACUGUACCAACUGGUUCCCUGCACUCAAGGCGAGGAGGGUGCCUCAAGGACCAGAGGAGGGGCAAGGUGCAGUGAGGCAGAGGCAGCCAGAGAGCACUGCUGCCUAUUCCACUUGGUAUUACAACAGUGAGGUGCCCAUGAUGUCCACAUCCAGACGACAAAACAUUGGUGUUGACAAGUAUAAGUAAAGGGACACAUAAAGGUGGUGUUAUUACAUAUUAGCAACUUGGGAUAUUUUUUAAUAAACCUGAUAUAUGUUUUAU